AUGGCGGCAUCCGUGAGCAGCGCCUGGGGCUUGGCAAGGCCGCCCAAAGUGGAGCCCCGCACGAGGGCUUGCCAGGCCUUCCAGUCUGUCACAGCAGAGCGCGGCUUCCUGCCGCAAAGCGAUCCUUUGACUCGGCUGAGCGACCCGCAGUACGCUGCAUGGGAGGAUGCGCUCGACCAGCUGCCCAAGUAUGCAGUGGCGGCGGGGCGGGGCGAGCUGCGCGCCUGGCUGCUCUCGCUGCCUGCGUUCCCUACAGAGGCAGCCGUGGCUGGCGGCAGCGAUGAGCUGUGGCGCACCUACCUCCUGCUGUCCUUCCUGGCACAUGGCUACAUGUGGUGCGACGGCCCCGGCACACCCAGCGUGCUGCCCGCCGGCCUGGCGGCGCCCUGGUGCGCCGUGGCAGCCGCGCUGGACAUGCCGCCCGUGCUGGUGUAUGCCACCUACAACCUGGCCAACUGGCGGCGCCUGGACCCAGCCGCUCCCGUGCAGCUGGGCAACAUCUGCUGCCUGCACAACUUCCUGGGGGGCAUCGAUGAGGAGUGGUUCAGGCUGAUCCAUGUCGCCAUCGAGGCGCAGGCCGCGCCCGCCAUGGUGGCGCUGCCGGCGGGCCAGGCGGCGGCGGCAGCGGGCGAUGUGGCAGGCGUGCGGCUGACGCUGGAGGCCAUCACUGCGGCCCUGGUGGCCAUGCAGGCCACGCUGGAGCGCAUGGGGGAGAAGUGCGACCCACAUGUCUACUACCGGCGCUUGCGCCUGCCCAUGAGCGGCUGGCGCAACAACCCCGCGCUGCCGGGCGGGCUGGUGUACGAGUCGCAGUAUGGGGGGCAGCCGCAGCAGCUGUACGGCGAGACAGGGGCUCAGAGCGCCGUCCUGCACGCGCUGGACGCUGCGCUGGGCAUCCGACACGACCCCUCCUCCUGGCUGCGGGCCUACCUGCUGGACAUGCGGCGCCACAUGCCGCCCGCGCACCGCGCCUACGUGGCGUCGCUCGAGGCGGGGCCCUCGCUGCGGCAGGCCGCCGAGGCGCAGCCUGGCAGUCUCAAGCCUGCUUACAACGAGUGUGUGCAUGAGCUGGAGAAGUUCCGGUCCCAGCACAAGGCCUUUGCCUUCAACUACAUUGCCAAGCACAGCCAGCGAGCGGACGAGACGGGGACGGGCGGCAGCGACUUCAUGCCAGCGCUCGCAGGGUACCGAGACGCCACCAGCCAGCACCGCCUGGCGUGA